GAGCAAGUUCAAAUUCGCAGUAAACACCAACAGGUUUUUUGUAAAAUACACGACUAUUUGUGAAUCGCUUUAUAAACGCUGUCAGUAGCAUAACAAUAACAUUGUGACCGGCAAGCUUCGCCACUAUGGAGCUCUCGGGUGUAAUUGUGUUAGCCCUUGGCCUUGUAAGCUGUGCGACAGGCACGCCUUACGGAUACGGUGUGAAAAGUGGUGCGAAAGCUGACGCAAACGCAGCAUCCGGCGCAUUCGGAGGCGCUCUACCCGCUAUCCCACUUAGUAUUCCCAGUGGUGGUGGAUUUUCGGGGAGUUUCUCCAAGUCAGCUUCGUCAAGUUUUGCUUCUUCAAGUUCAAGUUCAAGCUCAAGCUCGAGUUCAUUCAGUUUCGGCGGUACCGCAGCAAACGGCGUAGCGGGAAAUAGCAUACCGUCGACAUUACACGGUUCGCCUCAUAAUGGAUUCGGAGCUAGUGGAUCAAUUGCACAAGCUGCAGCUGGUGCAAGUGCCAUCGCAGGAUCUUCAGCACUCUCGCAUAAUAUUGGUGGCUUGCCUUGUGCAGGAAAUAACUGUAAUACUGCUGGUGGCACAAACAAUAAAUGCACGUCAAAUGAGUGCGGAUCGAGCGGCCAUCAACCUAAUAUAAAUGAUAAUAAGAAUUGCUUAUCAGGACAUUGCCAACCAUCUUCAGGUAUACCUAAUAACUAUGGAGCGGAUUUACAAACAGCAAACUCUCCGUCAAUUCAACAACAAACGGACUUGGACGAUUUUGAAGUUAAUAUUGGGGGAAAAUCGAAACCUAGCAGCAAUUUAAACCACGGCCACACAUCUGGUUUUGAUGCAACUGGAUCCCGGAAUGACUGUUCCUACGGAAAAUGUGAAUCGAAUAUUAAUUUAGCAUCCCAUACACCUUCGACUUCGACCCACCAUAACGAACAACCCACAACGAAAAACUGUGACUCUCCCAAUUCGGGGUGUGAUAUUUUUAUUCCUCUCGCACCCUCAGGAAGUGCCGCUUCAACGAACCCACAACAGCCUGCUACGCAUUUAACUACUCCUAAUAUUGGACCAGCUUGUGCCACUCACAAUUGCAACCCUGCUUUGACCGGUGCGAAUUUAAUUAACGGAAAACCAUCAAGUUAUAAUGUCCCUAUUCUUGGCGGAAACCCAGGCGAAGCAUCACCCAAUUACAAUAGCAAUACCCAGCUCAACGGACCCUUGUAUAAUUUACCGUCAAAUGCACCACCAAAAUCCGUUAUAACGCCCAAAAUCCCCAGCUAUUCUGAUGGAAUUUAUUCUUCUCCAUUACCAAUAAGCCCCGCUGGAUCUCCAGGUUGUAAUGGGGCAAAUUGUGAUUCGUUAAAUAGCCCAACUUAUCAAUCUCCAAGUAGUCCUUCUUGUAGCACACCUAAUUGUGAAGUUCGUCCUAUUUCUUCAGGACCCAGUUCACAAGCUGGCUUGAUAAAGCCUGGAACUGUUUCUGCUCCAACUCAGUCAGCUUCAUUUGGUGUAUCAGACACCGAAAAUAAUUCAGGCCACAAUGCUUAUUCUGGGCAUACUGAUGGAUUUUUAAAGCCAAAUCCUAACAAUCCUACCGCAAAUGCAGGGCCACUUAAUGUUGUGGCCCAUCCGGGAUCUUCAGAAACACCAAAAACUAAUGUUUUGUCACCUAGUCAAAAUACUCAGGGAUAUACGAGUGGAUUUGGAGUACCUGCGGGGUCAAUUGAUGCCGGACAUAAACCAAACACUGGAUUUGGAACAUCAGGUGCAUUUGGACAUGGCUUAAAUGAUGGUUUAAAACCGGGUUCAAGUGUGUCACCUUCUAGUCAAAAUAUUCCUUCGUAUACUGGAGGGUUUGGAGGUUCAGCGGGUACCUUUGACACACCUACUAACUCUUAUCACCAAUCUAAGCCAACUAAUGAAAAUCCAUCAUCUGUACCAAAUACUGUACCACAUAAAAAUGAAAUAUCGGCCAGUCCUGGGCAUGUACAUGGCUUAAAUUUAAAACCGGGUUCAAGUGUCUCACCUUCUAGUCAAAAUAUUCCUUCAUAUACUGGAGGGUUUGGAGGUUCAGCGGGUACAUUUGACACACCUACUAACUCUUAUCACCAAUCUAAGCCAACCAAUGAAAAUCCAUCAUCUGUACCAAAUACUGUGCCACAUAAAAAUGAAAUAUCGGCCAGUCCUGGGCAUGCACAUGGCUUAAAUUUAAAACCGGGUUCAAGUGUGUCACCUUCUAGUCAAAAUAUUCCUUCGUAUACUGGAAGUUUUGGAGGUUCAGCGGGAUCAUUUGACACACAUACUAACUCAUAUUCCCAAUCUAAGCCAACCAAUGAAAAUCCAUCAUCUGUUCCAAGUACUGUGCCACAUAAAAAUGAAAUAUCAGCCAGUCCUGGGCACGUCUCUUUCGGCUUACCAAAGCCAGAUUCUAGCUUAGGUUUUGGUCACAGCACUCCUUCUUAUACUGGUGGAUUCGGGAGACCCACGGGUUCAGCUGACGUGCACUCUGAUGUAGGUUCACAUGAUAAACCACAUGUCGUUGGAGGGGCUCCCGUUACUGGAUUACAUGAAUCAUUCGGCAUUAAGCCUGCAUCUGAAUCUAAUCAUAAAAAUCCUAUAUAUACUGGUGGUUUUGGUGGAUCACCAGGUUCCUUUGAUACAGGCUCCAAAAUCGGCACACAUGUUAAAACAAAACCUACUCAAGACAAAAUACCACCUGGCCCUAAUAUUGCACAGUCUAGCGGUGACCAUAUAAGUUCAGACGUCGUAGCAAACUCUGGGUUUGGAGUAUCGAAUAAUCACAACUUACAUAAACCAAGUGAAAGUCUUAUUCCUCCUAACACUGGUACCCCCAACACGGGAUACUUCGCUGGUGUAAGUAAUACACUAAAACCUGGAUUAGUUAAACCAGUUGAUGAAAAAACAAAGUUACCUCCAUACUUGGGUGGUUUUGGCGGUCCAUCAGGAGUACUUAAACCAAAUGAAUAUGUAUCGCCAAAUAUUCCUACGUCACCUUUAGGUCAUACUACUUGUGCUAGUGGAAAUUGUGGUCCUGCAAUUUUGCCUAGUGGAAAGGAACAUAUUUCGCCUAGUAGUGCUAGCGCAGCGGCAAAUGCGAAGGCGGCAGCUUACUCGGGAACUUUUGGUGGCCCACCGGGCUUUUUAAAACCUUUUGACAAUGGUAAACCUUCAAAAAAUGGAUACGAUGAACAUACUGGAAAAAUUAUAACAGGAGAGCAUGACAAGUCUGCAAGUGGAGUUAAUACAGAAUAUGGCAAUACACUUGCGGUGAAGAAUAAUGAACCUAGCGGUGUGAAUAAGGCACCGAGUGAUUCAGUGAUUGCAGGUACUGCAGGGGCAAAUGCUAAUGCUGCAACUUUUGCCAGCUCUAACGCAUUUAGUGCAAACCAAGGUCUCAGUUCUUCUGGCUGCAAUUCUGGAUGUGGCUCAAAUUAUUCUGGAAAUAACGGAAAUUACCCAUCUAGUCAAGGCUCUUCAACAACAGGUGCUUUAGGAGGACACGAUAGUCUAGUUGGCAAUUUAGCCUCUGCCAAUAGUGUUGCGAACGCAGGCGCUGGGUCUUUUGGAACCGGAAGAAGUUUUGCCAGCAGCUCAGCCUCAGCUCAUGCAUCUGCGGGUGCUGCAGUGAAAGGAGGUUACGGAAGACGAUAAAAAUAGGACGGUAACAUUAUAGCUACAAAAUUCAGCGUAUUGCUUCUCUACUAAAACAUGUAGAUGAAGAAAAUCGUUGUUUUAUGUUAUGCCCAUUGUGAUAUAAUCACGAAAUAAGACUUAUACGAUAACGUAUUUAAGACAUUUGUGAUAAAUUCUUUUGUGAGAUAGAUAGAAUAGAUAGUAAGCUUUUACAAUACAUAUUUUAUAAUAAGUUUUUUAAGUAUUAAAUAUUUUAUAUUAAUUUAAUAA